AUGCUCAAGAUGAGCCGCACGCUCGAGGUGAGCUCGCACGCUCAAGAUGAGCCGCACGCUCAAGGCCGAGAAAGCAGAAAGCUUUGGCAAAGUCUUCGGCAGAAGCGAAGCAUCUCCACGGAGCUUUGCCUCGUGCUGCGGGAGGAGCUCUCGGCCGCCGUGCGGAAGACGCACACGGACGGGGUUUACACGCGACCUGGCGGCUCCGAAGUCGACCUCGGAGACCAGAGCCGCGUGGCGGAGAACAAAAGGGUCCAGCACCGGGGCUUCUCUCCGCAGUGGCUCCACUCCUGGGUCUCCCUGGACAAUCCCGACCGGCUCCGCUGCUGGUUCUUCGACGUGAACGUGACGCGGGCGGACGGGCGCCUCCUGCUGGCCAUCAGCGCCCUGCAGUCCUGGCACGCCGGGGCCUACCGCUGCGUGGCCGCCAACAGCACCGGCAACGCCACUGCCUCCGCCGAGCUCCGCCUGCACGUGGAGUAUCUGCGGAGCGUCUUCGUGACCCGUGCCCACACGUGGUGCGGGACCGUGGGCGACGCCGUGGCCGUGCUGGAGGGCGAGGACCUGGAGCUGCAGUGCUCGGCCGACGCCUCCCAGCCCCCCCAGUAUGAGUGGAGCCGCCAGGGGGACGACUGGGUGGUGGCGUCCAGCACGCUGACCCUGCCCCAUGUGAGUCGGGAGCAGGCCGGGACCUACGUGUGCCGGGCCCAGCACCCCAGCCUGCCCCACCUGGCGCGCAGCCGGGCCGUGCGGCUGGACGUGGAGGGGGCGCAGAGCAGCUACCGGCUGGAGCCGGGCCUGGACCUGAGCCCCCCCAUGCUGCUGGUGGCCGUGGGGCUGCCGGCCCUGCUGCUCCUGCUGCUGGUGCUGGCGCUCGGCGUCUUCGUCCUGCGGCGCCGCCAGGCCGCCAAGAUCCCGGCCGGGGAGGAGCCCGGCCAGCGCACCCCGAUCUACAAAGGCAGCCUGGAGUCGGUGCCCUCGGCCGCGGGGGACCAGCAGCCCCUGGUGCUGUGAGCUGGGCCCUGCCGCCCGGAACAGGCAGAACCGCACCAGCCGUCGCCGACGAGAUUCAGCCACUUCUGUAAUCAGCGGGGGGAGGGGCGGGGUUAUGGGGGCAGGAAAUUAUUGGGGGCUCAGCUGCGUUUUCUGAGGGGGGGAUUGUUAUGGGGCGGUUUCUAUACUUCGUUGAUGCA